GUAAGUCUGCACGUGAUGCCUGCGGAGUUAGGGGAGAAGCACCCAGCCGCUUCCUGGGCGUCACAAAAUCUGAGGAGUCAAGAGCAGCGCAGCGGGCGACAGGCGGGAAUGCCUGACUUCAGUCGGAAGGGGGUCUGGAGCCACAGGGGUUAAACACGCGACCCCCCCACACACACACUUGCCGCCUCCCUGAAACGUCCACUCUGCUGGCCAUGGGAAGCCGCGAUCACCUGUUCAAAGUGCUGGUGGUGGGCGACGCCGCGGUGGGCAAGACGUCCCUGGUGCAGCGGUAUUCGCAGGACACCUUCAGCAAACACUACAAGUCCACGGUGGGAGUGGAUUUCGCUCUGAAGGUUCUCCAGUGGUCCAACUCUGAGAUGGUGCGGUUGCAGCUGUGGGAUAUUGCAGGACAGGAGCGCUUCACUUCUAUGACGCGACUAUACUAUCGGGAUGCCUCUGCAUGUGUCAUCAUGUUUGAUGUGACCAACGCCACUACCUUCAGCAACAGCCGGAAGUGGAAGCAGGACCUGGACAGCAAGCUCACACUGCCUAAUGGGGACCCUGUGCCCUGCCUGCUUCUGGCCAACAAGUGUGAUCUGUCCCCAUGGGCGAUGAGCCGAGACCAAAUUGACCGGUUCAGUAAAGAAAAUGGAUUCACAGGUUGGACAGAAACAUCAGUAAAAGAGAACAAAAAUAUAAACGAGGCCAUGAGAAUCCUCAUCGAAAAGAUGAUGAGCAAUUCCAGAGAAGAUAUCUUGUCUUUGUCCAGCCAAGGGAACUACAUCAACCUGAAAGCCGAGACUCCCUCCAGCUGGGCCUGCUGCUAGUAACGUUGCCUUGUUUGCCCUCCUGGUUCUAGGGGGUCUUCCCAUCUCUUCCCUUUGAUUGUCUCCCCCAGAAGUUUCUUUAAGUGCAUUGAACUGUCCGGUUAGGAGGACCACUAUCACUUAGAAAAGACUCCUGCGUCCUCUGGAAGUUGGUCCUCACGUGCGGCUGGCGCACUGGCCCCACCAGUGCCUUCUGAAUAAGAAAGGGUGUCUUCUCCCUCCAUCAGUGAUCAGGGAUUUUGUGAGAAGGAUUAGAAGUCAGCUUCUGUGCUUUAAGGACCAUAAUUCUCACCUGAUUAUGACCUUACUUUUUCAUUUGAUGCAUGUUAAUAUCCCCAUCUAAUAACUUCAGAUAGCAAAGAAAAUGAGAUGCAAGGUUAUUUAUUUCCCAAAUUCCUUGUCGGUCAUUAUUUUCAGGUUCUUUCUGUCUUGGGCUCUGAUUCUGAGAUGCUAAAGGAGGGGGGAUACAAAAGGAUAUCUGGGGAUCUUAGACUACUGGAAGACACCUAAAAGUCACUAUUUCUGAAGCUUGUAGUCAUAGUUAGAUAUUUUUUCCUGACUUUAAAGAAGAGUCAGUUAUUUGAAUUACCUAUCAUAUGAUGAGAGCAUUUCCUUCCACAGAAAAAUUAAUUCUCACAUUAGGGUUUUUUUCAGUCUCCCUACCACUGGGGUGAAGGUAGGUUUGCAGGUUUCUGGGUUAACACCUUGAUGCAAAAUGCUGCAAAUGACAUCAGUUGGAAUGGUACCCCCAAAUAGAUCUGUUCCUUGCAGCUCUGGGAAUCUAAACAGAAGAGGGAGAGGUUAACAGAACAAAAUCCUGCGGUGCAACUUGUUUGUAAACACUUUGAAUGGCUGGCACUUUACAGCCAUAGGCAACAAACCCACCUGGGGUGGAGAGGAGACAAAAAAUCAGUAGGUAACUUAAGUGCUAAAUCGGGUAGACUUUUACGUAUCAAAUCACUUCUGGACAGUUCGAUUUGUUAAAUCCUCACAGAAUAGUGAUUUAUAACCUACCCAACUUUAGGGAUAUUCUUAGUGAACUCAGAGACCUAGCGUUCUGAGAGAGACUUGCCGAAAUAAAGUGAUCAGAGAGCCACCUGGGAAGUUUAUUUAAAAAAUUUUAAAAUAAAGUGUUUUAAGAUUUUUGGGUUCUAACCUGAAACCUAAUAAAUCAAAAUGCCCAGGGAUGAAGUGUGGGAAUUUGUUGUUAUUUUUCAUAGCUUCCCCAGGGAUUCUGAACAGCUUCAUUUCCAUUGCUGGAGAGCUUGGGAAAGCUAUGAGAAACCCCACUUGUGUGCUCUAGGGUUCUGGGUGCUGUAGUCCUCCAUAUGAUGCUGACACAUACCAGACUGAAACCCCUGUCCUGAGAGAUAAAUCAGAAACCAAAUAUCAGGGAGCAAAUAGGGGAGCCCCACCAUGGGUGUUGGUUUGGGGUUUUUCUGUUGUGUUGUUUUUGUUUUAUUUGUUUGUUUUGGUUGGUUGGUUCUUAAUACCAAUUAUUAUGACUUUUGCACAGUCUUUCGAGACCUUGAAGUUCUUUUUGGUAUACCUCUUUUUCAGGGAGGGUUUUUAAUGACAAUCAUUCUAAGGACAAUAGAGUAACAAAUUCCCCCUUAUGUGAAGAGAAAAUUGAUUUUUUAUUCACUAGUUUGAACCCCUGCAAAACACAGGUAAAUGGGAAAUAAGUCUUCUACUCAUGACAGCUAUUGGCCUUUAGUGUGACUUUGUUUAAAUGCUAUUUUAUACUGAUAGAUUAGAGUACUGUGAAAUGAAGACUAUUUUUUAAAUACCUGCUUUAAAAAUGGAGAUAAAUGUUACUCUGUUUAUGUCUUAACUUACUAGUACCGAUUGUUUAUUACCUAUUCAGUGCAUGAUGUACUACCCUAAAUACUGCUUGGAAGUAUGACUACUUAAAAAAAUUGAAUAUGUUUUCUUUUCCCAUUUGCUGACUUGGGAUUUAACUACCUUUUCAAGCAUUGCCAGAGGCUGACCUACCAGCCCUUCUGGAUUUCCUCUCCUAAUUGGUGAACAUUAGAGGCCUGAAACUAAUUAAAGAAGAAAUUGAAGUAUAACUAAUUUCUCUCCAUGUCCCUAUCCAUAAAGAAAAGGGAAAGCAAUUAAGAUAAGAAGAAGAAAAUAUUUACAUGAUAAGAAAUGUGAUUAUACUAAACAUAAUUAGAACCUAUCAUUUGGAUGCUUCCUCUUGGGUAAAAUUGUUUAGAACAUAGAUAUUGUUAUGGUCCUUCCCUAAAGAAGGUUCUGUAUUUGAGAUAAAAUGCACCCCCAGCCACUCACCUGGCCUUUGGCUAAAAAGAAAGCGCAAGUAUCCCCUGUACAGUAUUCUGAGACCCAAGGAAGGACUGAGAUCGGAAUUGUGGGGUUAUGACUGCCCAGGUUCCACUUCGAAAAAAUACCUGAGUGGCCAAACAAGCGGGGAAAGAGACCAUUGGCCGAGCAAGGGCCCUCAGCAGUGGCAGCUGGCUGCUAAGACCAUCUUGCUCUUGCUACUAGGAACCAAAACUGCUCCGAGGUCAUUUUCCUGAUUCACGUCCCUCGCUACCACUAAGGCAUGUUUGGAUUUCUCACUUUUGCCUGCUAUCUCAAAAUUUAAUUCUUUUUUUAAAUUUAAUUUUAUUUAUUCUCUUCUGUCCUUAAGACACCAUCCCACUAACAUGAACUUUUCCUGCUUUUAACAUCAUUUAGCGCCAGGGUCAUCACGGUUCAUCCCAUGCAGAAAGAGAUCUUGGCUAUGUAGGGACGUGUUUAUUAAUGCCAAAUAACCCCAAAGCUGCAGAUCAGGUUGAAAGGCGCUGGAAAAUGGUGUGUGUUGGAAACAAUUUCCCUGUGCUUUUUUUUUUCUCAGCCACAAAUACCAGAGUCUUGAGCAUAUACCUGCGUGUCACCUUCGUUGUUAGAAAGGUUCUGCCUUCCUUUUGGCUUCAGACACCAUCUGAAUUCUCUCAAGUUUUAUUUGCAGAUUUUCAGUAUAGUAAUGGCAAUGCCCUGUAUUAGUCAAGGUUCUCCAGGGAAACAGAACAAAUAAAAGACGUGUCUAUGACAGCGAGAUUAGGUGGUAGAUGGGAAGGGGGGGGGGAGAGGAGAGGAUUUAUUGUCGGGAAUUGACUCACGUUAUGGAGACUGGUGCGUCUGCAGAGCUGGUGUCCUAGUUCAGUCCCCAGACUGGCAGGCUGAGAGAGCUGGCAGGAGCGCGGAAGUCCACCAAAUAGGAGAGUUCUUACUCAGGACAAGGUCAGCCUUUUGUUCUGUUUAGACUUUCAGCUAAUUGGAGGAGGCCCACCAACACUAGGAAGAGCAAUUUGCUUUAUUCAGGUUACUGAUUUAAGUCAUAAUCUCAUCCAAAAUCCUCACAGAAAUACCAGAAUAAUGUUUGACCAAAUAUCUGUGUUCCCCAUAUGGCCUACUGAAGUUGACACACAAAAUUAGCCGUCAGAUGCACUUAGCAAUACUUUACUUUUAUGCAGUGGUGCUGCUGCUGCGAUAGCUUUUCUUCAUACUCCAGUUUGAUUCACCCUCAAAGUGCAUCUGAUUAGGAACUAACUGCACGUUAGUGGAAAUAAAGAGGACAAAGCAGAUAGGAAGAGGAAGAAGGUGAGGUAGGCAACUUGGGGUUAAUCAUGAAGGAGUAGGAGAGUCCAUUAGCACUAGAUACCAACGUCUGAGUUGGUCUGGAGCCCUUCCUCAAGUCUGUGAGUUGUGAUCGCCUCCUCCACUCUCUUGGAAAUAAGAAAGCAGACAGUCAUUCCCAUUGUUAUGUUUGAGGGGACAAAUGACUCAAAAUCUGACCGGCUGAAAGGCAGCCAGUUGAAUUUGUAAUAAAACCCAGACAUAACAGCAAAUCUUCUAAUUUCCCCAUCUCCAUUGUCAUUUUGAAUGUUUCUGGGAAACCUUUGGCCUGGGAAACCUAUUUUAGAAAAUUAGCUCAGGCAUUUAGAGAAACAGAAUGGACCUGUUUGGCCUUGAAAUUCAUGGUUUGCAUCAAAUAGAUCUGAGACCAUGCACAAGUGUAGAUUAGAGACAUGUGUGGUGAAAUUUGGUGCCAAAUUAAGUACAUCCUGAACAGUUCCACCUACUAAGAUAUGUCACCAGAGCACGAUCACUGCCACUUAAUUUUGGAUACCUGCUUUCUUGUUUGCAAAUACAGAUAUUUUAACAAUCAUUCCAUUUUUCAACUGUUGCCACUGCUGGUAGCUAACAUUUAUGUGGUGCCAUAAGCCAUAAUUUUAGGACUUCCCAUGAAUUAUCUUUUUUUCACAAAGCCCCUGUCUUAUAUACCUAUGAGAUGCAGUCACGUGAAUCCAGAAACUGGGCCCUCAGCCCUACGCUGCAGUGCCCGUGUGUGCCUGGUGGUGGCAUGCUUGACAUUUUUCCAUAUAACACAUUUUCAGUAUGGUGGAAUAGUAAUUUAUUAAUUGGGUACAUGUGUUUACUAGUAGUUCUAUAACAAAAAAAGAUUAAAUCUACUUAUUAAGGAAAAUGGAGAAAAGAAAUAUCCAAAUGACCUCUCACCUGGUAACUGAAAAAAAAAACGUCUAUUUACAUUUUAAUAAUUUUGCUUUCAAUCCAUUUUUUAAUACAAAGAUUUUCACAUUUUUGUGUUCACAUUUAAACAAGUCAUUUUCCCACGUGCCUUUCGUAUAUCCAAUAUUGCAACAGGACUUGUGGGGAAUAUAAAGAUAGACAAACAGAGGAGAAGGAGGUAAAGAAAGAUUUCUUUUAAAGAAGUAGAACUUUGGAUGGAUACCAAUUGAGAAAGAGGUGGAAUAGGAGUUCAGGUUGGGAGGAAAGAACUCUUUGGAAGUUGUCAGAUUCUUAUGCAGUUUGGAGAGGAUCCAGCCAGUGUGUUCAUCGUGUAGAGCAAUGGGACUAAGGUUAGAAAGAUUGUUGGAAGUUUAUAAAGGUCAUUCAUUAAUUUAACCAAUACUGGCACCCCUAUCAUGUGUCAGGUACUUUGUUAAAUGCAUGGGCUGGAGGCCUGGGGAGAGACAUUUCUGGCCCAGGGAGGGCAGUGCAGAAGGGAGACAGACAUGCGCAAAAACCUCCCGUUGAUGCAGGGAGUGCCGGAUCCAGUGCUGGUAUUGAUGGUGGACAAGGAGAGAGCAGGGCAAACCACAGAAGAGGGCGUGUCAGCUGACUCUUGCCAACUGGAGGGCUACAGAAGGAAAUGCAUUUUGGACAGAAUACCUUUAAUAAAGGCAUGCAGGGUGUGGGAAACCACCUGGCUUGUUCAGAGAACAGUGGAUGCUCCUUAUAGCUGGAGCUGACAGGUAGAGAGGGAGCUGGAAGGUGGAGGUGAGAAAAUAAAGUUAGAGAUGGGGCCAACUUAAGGAGAGCUCCAUGUGCCAUGCUGAGGCACUUGUACUUCCCCUGUAGCAGAGAAUUAUCACAGUUUUAUUUUUUAAAUAUUUUUUUCUUACUGAAAAAUACAAAAAUACAUUACUUUUUCAAAAACAACAUAAAUUUAUAAUUUUAUACUUCUGGAGGUCAGAGGCACAAAACGAGCCUCACCUGACCAAAGUUAAGGUGUUAGCAGGGCAACAUUUCCUUCUAGAAGUGGUAGAGAAAAUUUUCUUAGCUUUUCUAGCUUCUAGAGGUUACUUCCAUCCUUGACUCAUGCUCUUCUCCCCUCCCUCUUUCUCCAUCUUCAAAGCCAACUGCAGCUGGCCAACUUUUUCUCACAUCAUUCUGACCCUUUCUGCCCCACCCCCAUCUACUUUAAGGAUCCUUGUGAUUAUGUUAGGCCAACCCAGAUAAUCCAAGUUAAUCUUCCCACAUCAGGGUCAGCUGAUUAACAACCUGAAUUCCCCCUCCCAUAUUCACCGGUGCCUGAGAUUUGUCAUGCCAUUUUUGGAGGUCAUUUCUGGGCCUACCAGAAAUGGGAAAAUUUAGGAGUAAUGGGGUUAACGAACUUGCCUGGGUCAGUUAGCUGGUCCCAGUAUAAAUAUGAUUUUAAAAUUCAAAUAAUACAUUUUUUAGGAGAUAGAAUACUUCUGUAAUUUCUCCUCUGAAAGACAACUUGAUUAAGAGUUUGACGAUUCUUCCAGGUUUCUGUCUACAGGUGCCUCCCCAGCUGUAUCUCCCUUCCCCUUUAAAACAAAAAAGGCUCCUGCAACUUGCUUUUUGUUUUUCAAUGUAGCUUAGGUAUCUCCCCAUGUCAGAAUAUAUAGUUCUGCCUCCUUCCUUUUAAUUGCUGUGUAGAAUUGUCUGGGUGUAUCAUAAUUUAUGUAAUCAGUUAAUGAAUGCUUAUUUAUUUUUCCUCUCUACAAAUAGUGCCACACACAAUCUCUGUAUAUUUAUAAAUUUAUGUGAAAACUUCUUGAGGAAUACCUAGAAGUGAGCCAAAGAGUGUCCACGCUGUAAAUAUGGUGCCACAUUUCUCUCCAAAAUGUUUAUACCAAAUAUACUCUACACCAAUACACCAAUAGGGUCUGAGGGACCAAUUUCUCUGUAUCCUAAACAAGACUGUUUUAAAUCUUCACCAGCCUGAAAAUGAAUUUUUUUUUUAAUUUUGUCUUUCUUUUGUUAUGAAUGAAUGUUUAUAAAUAUAUCAUUUUUAUUUAAUUUCCUCACCUACUUGUACCCUAUGUCUGUUUUUAUUUUGUUGUCUUCUUCUUAGUGAUUUUAUAGAAGAUCUUGGUAUGUUAAGGAUAUUAAUCUAUCAUACAUUCUCCGAGUUCAUGGAGGAAUUUUUUUAAGCAGAGGAAUGCAGAUGAUCUCCAAUUCAGGAAGUUGAACCUUGUGAUUUUUUGACUUUACAGUGGUCUGGAAACAAUACACAUUUGGUAGAAACUGUACUUUAGAUUUUGAAUUCUGAGCUUGUCUUUGACUAUCUGUGUGCACUAUGAUAUUCUUGCAGCUGGGCAGCACCAGGGCACAGCUCCCAGCCAGUCACACGAUCAAGGACCAAUAACCAAGACUCUACAAACUGUUUUUCACUUCUGUACAGUCGUCAAUAAAUUGUAACACUUUAUUAUAGAAUAAACUUUGUGUUAUUUUGCUGAUG